CGUUGUGCUUCCACUCACUGGCCACUUUAUCAGAAACACCUACCUUGUGCUUCUACUAACUGGCCACUUUAACACCUACAGUGCUGGAUUAACACCUACAGUAUAUUCCUAUAGGUAAUCUAAGAGUUCUAAAAAUUGAUCUAGAGAUAAUCUCACUUUGCAAAAAAUAUCUUAAUAGUUCAUCUAACUCUGUGAGAGUUAAUCAAUUCUAUAGUUAAUCUGAGUGUUAAUCUCACUUUAUAAUAAUCGGAGUUACUCGAACUCUAUAGAAUUAGUGUGCGUUCAUUAACUCCGCAGAGUUGAUCCGAGUGUUAAUCUCACUUUAUAGAGUGAAUCUGAUUGCCAAUCUCACUUUAUACCGUUAAUCACAGAGUUUGACUCAUUCAGUCAAAGUGUUAAUUUAAUGGUGUAGAAAUAAUCCGAGGGUUAAUCCCGUUUAAAACUUGCUACACUUCAGCUGUCAAUCCAACACUGUAGAUGUUCUAAUUUAUGGUUUACUGGCAGCCCUCUUGUGGUUUGGACACACCCACACACUCCACCCCUCACCAUGCACAUGACAGCUGGAGGAGUGUCUCGUGCUCACUUUUCCCCACGGCAGUGGCGCGGGACGGAGCGCGAGAGGGACUCAUUUUAACAGGUCGCUUUUAUGAGUUUAUUCAAUUAUUUAUUUGUUGUUUUUUUAUUUGUAGUUUCGUUUUUUGUUUUUCCUCUGCGCGCGCUCCGGAAGUGUGCAGAUGGAGCCCCGUGCGAACUUCUCUGUCCUCCACAGAGCCUGCGCUCUGGUGGUGGCCCUGUGCACACUCCACCUGUCCGUCAUGCUGCUGUUCUACCUGAGGAGCACGGGCGACGAGAGCGAGCACGCGCCCCCCUCGCCCGGCAACUUCACACUCAGGACCCUCAGGAAGGGGCACAGCGUGAGCACGAGCACUAUGACGAGCACGAGCACUAUGACGAGCACUAUGACGAGCACGAGCACAGCAAUCCCUACGACUCAAGCGCUGGAGAAGUGCCCAGACACUUCCCCCCUCUUAGUGGGUCCUAGAAAUGUGAACUUUUCCCAAACAAUUGAUUUGAAUGAGAUGAGGCAGGACCCAAAGGUGUCUGUGGGUGGACGGUACAAGCCACGAGAAUGUGUGUCACUCCAGAAGGUGGCGCUCAUCAUACCGUUCAGACACAGAGAGGAGCACAUGAAGCACUGGCUUUAUUACCUUCACCCAUUUUUGCAGAGACAACAGCUGGAUUAUGGAGUCUAUGUGAUCGAGCAGGAUGGUGAGGAUACGUUUAACCGUGCUAAGCUGAUGAAUGUGGGCUACGCAGAGGCUCUGAAAGAAUACGACUACGACUGCUUUAUCUUCAGUGAUGUUGACAUUAUCCCUCUAGAUGACCGAAAUACCUACCGCUGCUUUGACCAACCACGUCACCUUGCAGUGUCCAUGGACAAGUUUGGUUUCAGGUUGCCUUACAACCAGUAUUUCGGAGGUGUGUCGGCAAUGAGUAAAGAACAGUACCUGAAAGUCAAUGGCUUCCCCAACAACUACUGGGGCUGGGGUGGAGAGGACGACGACAUCUACAACAGGGUGACAUUUCGAGGGAUGUCUGUGUCUCGGCCUGAUGGCGUUGUUGGGCGGUGCAAGAUGAUUCAGCACGUAAGAGACAACAAGAACGAACCAAACCCUCAGAGAGUGUGUUUCAUUUUCGCAGGUUUGACAGAAUUGCUCGCACGAGACAAACCAUGGACAGCGAUGGCAUCAACAGUCUGACCUACAGAGUGGUGAGGACAGAGAAGGACCAGCUGUUCACCAAAAUCACUGUGGAUAUUGGCAAACCUUGACCUUCUGCUGGCCUUCAAACCAGCCUUAGAGUUCUUAGUUGCUUUUUACACCUCAAUGUAAGGAGGGCUCUUAAAUGGUAGAGCGAGCAUCACACUAAACACUCUCUCUACCGGUUAAGCCAGUCUUUACAUGAAGAAACUGGUCCUUGUUUAUUUAUUGAUUGUAAGGGACGAAAAUUCAAAGAGAAAGGUGUUAGCCUGCAUGCUAAUAACAUUAGCAUUAGUGCGUUUUCUAGGGGCAAAGGGGUUUCACAGUCCUCCUAGCAGACAUUUGGAACACUACUAGCAUACAUGCUGAUGACAUUAGUGAGACCAAAGGGACUGUUCAUUUAACAUUGGAGAAGGGAGAAAUAAUAUUGUUAGCAUUAGCUGCAAAGCUAGCUAGCUAGCUGAUCUUAGUAAAGGGGCUAUGCAUUUAUGAUGGGUGGGACAAAAAAAAUGAAACGUUGGUGGUGUGUUUUUUUUUUUUCUUCCUUUUUUCUUUCCUUCUUUUUUUUUGUCUGCAAAAAAACGAUGUCUUAUCAAGAAAAAGCAUUUUAUAUGUACUCAAUACAUCUAAUACUUCUCAUUAUGUGUUUGUUGUAAGAAGGUUACAAGAUUAUUCAUCAUUCAUUUUUCAUUAAUGUUGCAAGAUUAUUUGUGCACAUAUUGCAAAU